UUAAAAAAUUAUCGUUUCAGUUAGCGUCUUCUCCUUUUUUCACUCUUCUCCCUUUCUGACUCUCUUUCUUCUCUUCAUUUUCCUCUGUCUACUAUUUUUCAUCAUGUGCUUUUCUUACUCUCUGUGUUUACUUCUCAUUCUGCCAGCCUUGUGACUUGUUUUUAUUUUUCUGUCAUUGCAACUAUCAUUUUACUAUUUGUCACUUGUUAUUGGUAUUGGGCAAAAAACUUUAUUCAUUUCAUUCAUUUUCUCUUAAUCUUGACUAUUGGAUCUAACAAUUUAAGUUUAAUAAUGAACGGCAAUGGUAUUAAACGUCGCUCAGUGGCAAUUAUUGGUGCUGGCCCUGGUGGAUUAAUCUUAGCGCAGAAGUUUCUUCAACGAAAGGAUCUUUUCGAUGUCACUGUUUUUGAGAAACAAGCUGAUAUUGGUGGAACCUGGAUCUAUUGUGAAGACACAGAAACUAAUAAAUAUGGACUUCCAGUUCAUUCAAGUGUUUACCGAAAUUUAAGGACCAAUCUGCCGACAGUAUUAAUGGAGUUUGAUGAUUUCCCUCACAAUCAAAAUCCAUCUAAAUAUGUCAGUCACCAACAAGUCUUGCAAUAUUUACAAGCUUUUGCACAUCACUUUGAUAUAAAAAAACACACUAAGUUUUUGCAUUUAGUAACAAAAGUAUCUCGAGAUAAUGAUUUAUGGUUUGUGGAUUAUCGUAAUCUUGAAACUCAAGAAACCUCCACGGAGACAUUCGAUGUCGUUUGUAUAUGCCAAGGGCGCUUUUCAGUGCCAUAUAUUCCGAAUGAUAUUCCUGGUUUAAAUACUUUUAAGGGAUUGCAGAUCCAUACACACACUUACCGAGUACCCGAUAUGUUUAAAAACAAGAGAGUGGCUAUUUUAGGAGGUGGACCUUCAGGAGCUGAUAUUGCUCUUGAAGUUGCCGAUGUUGCCAGUGAAACCUAUUUAUGUUACACUGGUAAGGAGAAUGGUAAUUUUUAUCCAUUUGGGGAUAAAAUAGUUCAACCAGGAGCCAUAUUCAAAUCAGUCGGAGAAGAUUCAAUUGAAUUAACGAAUGGCACUGUUCUAAGAAACAUUGAUGCAAUUAUCUUUGCUACUGGAUAUCAAAUUGACCUAAGCAUAUUUGACCCUUCAUGUGGAAUCGAAGGAGGUGAAGGUCGAGUUGAUGGUUUAUUCAUGCACAUGAUCAACAUAAAUUAUCCAACAAUGGCAUAUCUCGGUUUGAUGGAGAGGACUCCGGUCUUUAACGUGUUUAGUCAAAUGGCAAAAUAUUUUGUUCGAACCUUGACAGGAGAGGCUGAACUUCCAUCUAGAGAUGAAAUGAUUUUGGAUCUUGAAGCUGAUAGGAAGGAAAGACGAUCAAUGAAUACAAAAUUGAAACAUUCACACCGAAUGUUCUGUGAUCAAAUGUGGCGUUGUGAUGAAAAACUCAGUAUUUUAGGAAGAUUUAAGCCACUUCCACCUUUAACCAGAACACUUUAUGAAAAAUGUCUUGAACUGAUAUUCGGAGAAACCAACUACAGAGAUUAUCAAUUUAUUCUUAACUAUGACAAAGGAACAUAUGAAGCUGUGAAAAAAUAGAUGAAGCUUGAUUGACUUGGACAUUGGAUAUUUAGUUAUUGGUUAAACUACUGUUCUGUUUUUGUAUUGAUCAAAUCAUUUUAUUGUAUAAAAUAAUGAAAAAACCUUUACUCAUAAGAUGAAGAUUGUUUUGACUAUAGAAGAUAAUGUUUAUUAUUAAUCAUGUUUGUUAUCAUAGUACCAAUGAAAGAUAACGAAUUGAA